GGCUUUCGGCUCCGGGAGGCAAAGGUGCAACUUUCUUCGGUCUUCCUGAAUCCGGGUUCAUCCGACACCAGCCACCUCCGCCAUGCCGCCUAAGUUCGACCCCAACGAGAUCAAAGUCGUGUACCUGAGGUGCACCGGUGGUGAAGUCGGUGCCACGUCUGCCCUGGCCCCGAAGAUCGGCCCGCUGGGUCUGUCUCCAAAAAAGGUUGGUGAUGACAUCGCCAAGGCAACUGGUAAUUGGAAGGGUCUAAGGAUUACGGUGAAACUGACCAUUCAGAACCGACAGGCCCAGAUUGAAGUGGUACCUUCUGCCUCUGCCCUGAUUAUCAAAGCCCUCAAGGAACCACCAAGAGACAGAAAGAAGCAGAAAACACAAAGACAUAUGGCCAGACUUUUGCUUGGAGAUAUUUUCAAGUGUGAGUCCAGACGCCACUUGGUAAAUAUCAAGCUCUCACGUGGUCUCAUUGAAAGAGAGGGAGCCUGCAUGGCAUGGACCUGUACUGAUCCUCCGGGGUAG